AUGAAGGCUGUGCUUUUCUUCCUGUACAUCCUGGGGACUGCAGCUGCGAUCCCCACAAAUGCACGGUUUCUGUCUGAACAUUCCAACCCAACUACUGCAACAUUGGUGACACCCGACAAUGCUGAAGCCCCCAGUGCUGGAGCUGAAGCUGCAGCAGACAUAGAAAACCAUGCCAAUGAUAAGGCUGAAGAACCUUCAGCACCAAAGUCAGAAGAGGAAACCCAUGUACAGUCAACAGAACAGGACAAAACCUACAGCCAUGAGGUGGAUCUGAAGGAUGAGGAGGAUGGCGAUGGUGAUUUGAGUGUGAAUUUGGAAUAUUCACCAACAGAAGGAACGAUGGAUGUACAAGAAAGUACAAAUGAACCUCCAGAGAGAAAGCUCCUAGAGAACACUGAUCUUCCUGCCAUUGCUUCUACUUCCUUUGUGGAUUCUAACCAACGUGCAAACAUCACAAAAGGGGAAGGAAGCCAAGAGCAACCUGUAGGUGAUUCAAACCUGCAACUAAACAAGAGCAGUAAGCAUAACCAAGACUUAGUGGAUGAAGAAAGCCAGGAACAAGAUCUAGGUGCUCCCAAUGAAGAAGAGGAAGAAGAGCCAGGAGAUGAAGAAGAGGAAGAAGAGCCAGAAGAUGCUGAUGCUCCCAGUGAUAACCAAGAAAGGGAAAAAGAACCUCCCGAGGAGCAGCCUAUCAGCAAGCAGGAGGGGAACAGUGACCAAUCUGAUGAUACCUUAGAAGAGUUUAGUCAACCAACCCCAAUAAGCAAGAUGCAGAAGAAUGGAUUUGAGCAAGGAAACCAAGGGCAAGAAGGUAACUCCAAUGCAGAAGGGGAGGACGACAAGACAGCAAGCAGCAAGAAGCACAUUCAGCAUACAGAGUGGCAGGGCCAAGAAAGAAAAGCUGGUCUUGAAGCUACUGGUAACCAAAAGGACAUGGAUGAAAAGACAGUUUCCACAGAACCUACUGAUGAUGGUACCAUUGUGACUAGGAAUCAUGAAGCCCAUGAUAAUGGAGGCAAUGGUGAUGCUAAGCAUGGCACAAGUGAUGACUAUUUCAUCCCAAGCCAGGAAUUCCUAGAGGCUGGAAAGACACAUUCCCUUUCCUAUUACCUCAAACAUGUUGAGGAAGCCACAGAUGAGAAUGAAAACGUAGAUAAAAGCGAAGCUGGAGACAACCAAGGGGCCAAGAAAGCUGAGAGUUUGCCAAAUGUUGGACCUUCGGAUGAGGGCAACUCGAGGGGGCACAGUGCCGAUUCUUGCAUGAACUUCCAAUGUAAAAGGGGACACACUUGUGAAGCAGAUCAGCAGGGGAAACCCCACUGUGUUUGCCAAGAUCCAGAGACCUGUCCCCCUGCAAAGAUUCUUGACCAAGUUUGUGGCACUGAUAACCAGACCUAUGCCAGCUCCUGUCACCUGUUUGCUACCAAGUGCAGGCUGGAAGGGACCAAAAAGGGACACCAACUACAGCUGGAUUAUUUUGGAUCUUGCAAAUCUAUUCCUGCUUGUACGGACUUUGAAGUGGCUCAGUUUCCCCUGCGAAUGAGAGACUGGCUCAAAAAUAUCCUGAUGCAGCUUUACGAACCCAAUCCCAAACAUGAUGGCUAUCUAAAUGAAAAGCAGAGAAGCAAAGUCAAAAAAAUUUACCUGGAUGAAAAGAGGCUCUUGGCAGGAGACCAUCCCAUUGAACUCCUCUUGAGGGACUUCAAGAAAAACUACCACAUGUAUGUGUACCCUGUGCACUGGCAGUUCAAUGAGCUGGACCAACACCCUGCGGACAGGAUCUUGACACAUUCCGAACUUGCUCCUCUGAGAGCCUCCCUGGUACCCAUGGAGCACUGCAUAACCCGCUUCUUUGAGGAGUGUGACCCCAACAAGGAUAAGCACAUCACCUUGAAGGAAUGGGGCCACUGCUUUGGGAUUAAAGAAGAAGACAUAGAUGAAAACCUCCUGUUUUGA